AUGGAGUCAAAUGCCUUGAAUGGGAGGAUGGCUAGGUGGCAAAUUCUGCUUUCUGAAUUUGACAUAAUCUACGUGAGUCAAAAAGCUGUGAAAGGGAGCAUAAUAACAGAUUCUCUGGCCAGUCGAGCUUUAGAAGAUUAUGAGACUUUAAAUUUUUAUUUCCCCAAUGAGGAGAUAGUUUAUGUGGCAGCUACUGAAGAGGACACUACAAAAGAUCACUCUUGGAAAUUAAAUUUUGAUAGAGCCUCAAACGCUGUGGGUAAUGGAAUUGGAGCAGUCUUGGUAUCUCCAGAGUAUGAAGCAUGUAUCAUGGGACUUCGAGCAGUUAUUGAACGAAAGAUCAAGUCAUUGGAAGUAUAUGGAGGUUCUGUGCUGGUAAUUUACCAUCUUCAAGGUGAAUGGGAGACAAGAUAUUCCAAAUUAAUCAAUUACAGGAGGUUGGUGUUGGGGUUAGUUGGAGAUUUUUAUGAUAUUACCUUCAAUUAUCUCCCGCGUGAUGAAAAUCAGAUCGCAGAUGCUUUGGCUACUUUGGUUUCCAUGAUCAAAGUAAGCAGACAAGAAGAUGUGAAACCCAUUCAGAUGAGUAUUUGUGAGGCCCCGUAUUAUUGUUAUAAUAUAGAGGAAGAAGAGAGAGAUGAUCAUCCUUGGUAUCAGGACAUAUUGCGAUAUGUAAGAAAUCGUGAAUAUCCAGAUUAA